CAGUUCAGUUUUUGCUAACAUGUGCAGGAAUAACUUUUCUAAAUAAUGAACAUAGUUUUAUGAGUCCUGACAUGCUAUGCGACCACAAGAAUGUACACGGGACCGUUUUAUAACUCUGAUUUAUUUUCUGUUUUCUGAUUUAUUAUGAAUAAAAUGGAUAAAGAAACGAAUAACACAUAUAAAAACAUCCUGGUUUGACCCUGCCCGUAACAUGUCAGCUGACACUGUUGCAUCACAAAACAUUACGGCGUUUCGUGAGUUAGAUGUGGAAAACCUUACUCAGUGCACCGUGAAGCAGACCAAACCUACGUUUUCUGCGUCUUUACGAAAACAUUACACCUACGCAAAGAGAUGGGCAUUUUCUACAUAUGUGGCUUCAAAGAAGACCACUGCACUUAGCGAAACUGACUGCCCCUGCACGUGGCAUUGCUGCGGGCAGGUCUUCGAGGACUCGGGUUCCGUGCACAAGCACAUCUCCAGUACCCACAAUGCUGAGGUUCUGAAGCACACCGAAGCCAUCCUCAAGGUGAUCUUGAGCGGUGUUGAGGACGAGAGUCCAGCUCUGGAAAGCUCUAGAGAGCAGGAACCGGGAGAUGUAUCCAGAUGGAUACCAGACACUGCACACGUCGACGAAGAACACCUUGUAAAGAGCCCAGGCGAGGUCCUCCUGUUUUACUGUUAUACUCAGUUACCAGACCCCCAGCUCAUCUGCACCUGGCAGAAAGCGCUGUGCCAAAAGCUACACCUCACCGGCAAGGUCCGAGUGGCUGUUGAGGGAAUAAAUGGAACAGUGGGAGGAACCAAAGUGGCCACCAGUUUGUACAUCCAGGCAAUGCUGUCUCAUCCAAUCUUCAGGACAAUGGUGCCGGAGGACUUCAAGAGAAGUGAAGGUGGGGCUGACUCUUUCACUGAUCUGAAGGUAGGACUGUACAAGGAAAUAGUGCCUAUGGGGGUGGAUCCAGACACUGUGUCCUUCAGGCAGGCUGGAGUCCACUUGGAGCCAGAGGAGUUUCACAAAGAAGUGGAAAUACUUUUGUCCAAAGGUGACUCCUGCAAUGAUACCAUACUGCUUGACUGCAGGAACUUCUACGAGAGUAAAAUCGGACAGUUCAGUAAAUGUUUGGCCCCUGACAUCCGGAAAUUCAGCUAUUUCCCAGACUAUGUGGAUAAGAACCUGGAGCUUUUUCGGGAUAAGAAGGUCCUGAUGUACUGCACUGGAGGCAUACGCUGUGAACGAGGGUCUGCUUACCUGAGGUCAAAGGACGUUUGUAAGGAGGUUUACCAGCUGAAAGGUGGCAUUCACAAGUACCUGGAGCACUACCCAGAUGGGUUCUACCGGGGGAAACUGUUCGUGUUUGAUGAACGCUAUGCAAUCUCCUUCAACGGUGACAUCAUCUCAGACUGCAGGUACUGCGGAGCACCGUGGGACCAGUAUCAGCUGUGCUCCACCCGGCUCUGCUGCCAGCUCGUGCUGUCCUGCCCGUCCUGCAGGCAGCACGGCCGUACCGCCUGCUGCCCCACCUGCCAGCGCAAAGAGGGGGCGCCGGGAGACGGGCCCCCUGCGCCGCUCAAGGAAGAGUGCGAGUGCACGAACACGCGGCCGCGAAUUCCUCAAGAUGCGCUCUGACAACCCUGCUUUGUAAUGCCUGGACACUGAAACCAAGGAAAAUCGUAACCAUGAAAGCGUUUUUAAAAAUUAACUGUACUCCCAUGCCAUGCUGUGUACAUAGAGGUCCCUAGGAAUUAAGAGGAUCGUUUUUUCUGACUUAUUAGACCUACGAUACUUUAAAACUGUUAAUUUGUGCCUCUUUGUUCAUUUUAUCGAAUGUAACUGUCCAUCAUAUUGGUUUUUUAUUCAUCUGAACUGCGCGGCUCUUCUGUCCGAUUAAAUUAAUUCUCUCUGUUCAAUAAAUCGAUUUUAUCCGA